CUGCGGGCUCGAGCAAUAACGCCAUCUUUAAACCCCAGAAUCAGCCGCCGUUUAGCACCGUGAUCAACGAUUCACUGUACCCGUGUACCGUUUUAUUUCUGCUGGCUCUUCCGCCUGUAAACUGGCGAAUUAAAACAAAUAAGGAGGUAGUUAGCGUAGUUUAAAAUAAAACAAGGCAUAUCGAAUGGUCACAGAAAAAAAAACACUUGACAACAGAAAACAUCAACAACAAAAGGCGGAAAAACAAGGGACGAGCAAACAAGGCGUUGUUAGACUAGCUGGACUAACUAGACUAGUUAGGUAGCCGCUGUACUUAGAUUAUAAAAAGGUUUUUAAAAGGCGUAUUUGCCCUGCUUCGUUUUUGCGAGCUGUGCGUGAUUCAGAGUCAACUGCGUGGCUGCAAUACGUCCUCACUUCUCCCCUUCCCCCGCGGCCCGGCUGGAGAUGAGCGGAAGAUGUCGGUUUCGGGGCUGAAGGCCGAAUUGAAGUUUUUGGAGUCCAUUUUCGAUCCAAACCACGAACGCUUCCGAAUCAUUGACUGGAAGCCCGACGAGCUCAGUUGUCAGUUCAACGUUACUGGUGAAAAGCUUCUGAUUAUCCACUGCAACAUCACGGAGUCGUACCCCUCCACGUCCCCAAUAUGGUUCGUUGACUCCGACGACCCCAGCCUCACACAAGUACUGGAACGCCUGGACGAUGUGAGAAAGGGCAGCACACUGCUCCUGCAGCAGCUGAAGAGGCUGAUCUGCGACCUGUGCCGGCUGUACAACCUGCCCCAGCACCCCGACGUGGAGAUGCUGGACCAGCCCCUCCCAGCGGGGCCCGUGGGCCCAGAGCGAAAGCACGGAACGACGGACGAGGUGACGUCCGAGGAAGAGGAGGAGGAAGAGAUGGGAGAGCAGGACAUCGAGGACCUGGACCACUACGACAUGAAAGAGGAGCCGGCCGAGGGGAAGAAGUCCGAGGACGACGGCAUCGAGAAGGAGAACCUGGCCAUCCUGGAGAAGAUCCGCAAGAACCAGAGGCAGGACCACUUGAACGUAAGUGCCCAUUCGGGCGCGGUCUCUGGAUCGGUGCAAGCCUCGGACCGGCUGAUGAAGGAGCUCAGGGAGAUCUACAGGUCACAGAGCUACAAGACGGGCAUCUAUUCGGUGGAGCUGGUCAACGACAGCCUUUACGAGUGGCACGUCAAGCUGCGCACGGUAGACCCUGAUAGCCCGUUGCAUAGCGACCUGCAAGUUCUGAAGGAAAAGGAGGGCGUCGACUACAUCCUGCUCAACUUCUCAUAUAAAGAUAAUUUUCCGUUCGAUCCACCUUUCGUACGGGUGGUGUCACCUGUGCUGUCCGGGGGCUAUGUUCUUGGCGGGGGUGCCCUGUGUAUGGAGCUUCUCACCAAGCAGGGAUGGAGCAGUGCCUAUUCCAUAGAGUCUGUCAUCAUGCAGAUAAACGCCACUUUAGUCAAAGGAAAAGCCAGAGUGCAGUUUGGAGCCAAUAAGAACCAGUACAAUCUUGCCAGAGCACAGCAGUCCUACAAAUCCCUGGUGCAGAUUCAUGAAAAGAACGGCUGGUACACGCCCCCUAAAGAGGAUGGCUAAGGCCUCAGCGUGCACGCUGGGACCACAUGUCUUGGGGUUGACGCCUUUUUUUCCUUUUAAUUUUUAUACAUGUAUUUUUUUUCUGACUCUGAAGUUCUUUACUGGGAGAGUGACCCCCAGGCUGGGUUUGACCCAUUCGGAAACCCCCAACAACCAGCGGGUAAAAUCCCCGCUCCAACUUCUCCCUCGGCUCAACGGGCAGACCUUUUCUCGCCCCCCUCCCCCCCCAAAUCUAGACCCCCCCUUCUUUGCUCCUCCUCCUUCCCUUCUCUCCUCUCCCCCUCUUGAGCCUUCAGGAGAACUUUUGAGCAGAAACAGUCGGGCGGGGCCGAGCCCCCGGCCUCUGCUCGUGCCGACCGCCCCCCCCCCCAUCCCCGUGUUCCCUCCCACGGUCAUUCCUGGGUUAAACAAACCGCCUCGCCCCCCCCUCCCGGGUCAAACUGUCCACUCUUCUGUUCACUCGCCAGGACGCUUCAGAAGUCGGGUUUGGGGGGGGGGUAUCUGAAGGGUGAACCUGUUUAUCUGAUAAAGACAGAAGGGCUUGCUAGGGUUAGCGCUCCGUGUCCACGGCUUGGCAGAGUGGCGAAGGCGCUAAGCGGGGGACUGAGAGAGCCGGGGGUCUUACCUCGUAAAAAAAAAAAAAUCUUUACAGCGGCCUGGCGCUUCGAACGAGAGGCCGAGCGUUCCGCGGCGAGACGGCGGACUCCACUACCCGCCGGCGCUCGGUUCGAGGCGAAGCCCCGGCCCCUGGGCCGCGACGGGAAAGGCCGGCCGGGACACGUUUUCCCGCUUUCGGAAAAAAGGCGAGGCCCAAGCUCUCCUCUCGCUACGGCUCGGUGUUUUUAACGUUAAAAAAAACGUAACGGUGUGACGUGCUGCUGCCUCAUUCUUUACGGACUGUUUUGCUUUUUUUUUUGUUGUUUUUUUUGUCCCUUUCGUUUUCGUUCGUUCUGCGUAACGUUUCGCGAAGGUUCUGAAAGGACUAACAUGCUCCAGCAGUUUCCUGUCCUGCUUGUGUAAUGGGCAGAUUUUUAAAUGGAGAGGGAGAGCAGGGGGUGGGGGGUGUGUGUGGAAGUGAAGAAUCUCCUUCGGAAAUGACCGAGAGGGAGACUCAAUCAUGCAGUUUUGUCACGGUUUUUGCUCCUGGAAGCCAAUCAAAAUGAAACCCACCCCCAAACCUCCCCAAGCUAGGCUAACCCAAGCAAGUUGGAUUUAACCAUUGUACUUGUAGUCGAAUUUAACCCCAUGUAAAAGUGUAAAGAUGUAUCACUGAGAAUGGAUUUGCUUGUAUUUUCAUGUAACUUUGUGUGGGGGUUCUGGGGCACAGUCUAGUCACGCACCUCUGACUAACGGGGAUAUCCUGGCAUACGACGAUGCGUAUUUCACAAAUGUUAAAAAUGAGGAUAAUUAAUAGUUUAACUAUUAAGAUCGUAAAAUGGAUGCCGAAACCAUGUUUUAUGUAAGCAGCAUGACGACAAAUGUUUUCCUGGUAGCGGGAAUGAAGCUAUCUCUUUUUGGCGUGGCAGUGUGAACGACCUUCCUGUAUCGUCUGCUGAAAAGGACCCAGUUAUGUUCUGGUCUCAAACGUGUACUUACUCCGGGAGUGGUUUACCAUUAGCGUAGAUAUGCAGAUGAAGGUCUACUCCGUUGACAGCAUGAAGAUGAGCGAGUGCAGGUGAAUUGAAGCGGGUGGAGCCAUGCUUGCUUUCUAGCCGAUACCUGGUUUUUAGUUUUUAACUGCCUAGCGUGAGACUCAGUGGUGUCUGCCCAUCAGUUGAUGUUCUGCAGCACUGGCUGCCCCCCCCCCCCCCCAUCUCGUCGCCCACUGGGCUGAGCAGAAGGCCACAGUACUGCGGAGGCAGAGGUGUGUGUGUGUGUGUGUGACAUACACUACAUAGAACUGUUCAGGGCCUCGUCUCCGACAGAGACUGCAAGGUAUCUGUUAAAGCCUUAAAAAGGAUAAAGCCCCCUCCAAACUUGCCCCUUUCUAAAGUAUAAAAGUAACAGAUUUUUCUCCCCCAUUAUCUUUUUUUUCUUGUUUUUUUUUUUUUAAAUACCAGUCCACACUCCAGAUACUCUGUUCUCUUUGGUUGAGUCAGGAAACAAGUUUUGUCUUUCAUUUUGACACUGAAUUAUCGGGGGUUUGCUGAAUACACUGAGAAGCACUGCAAAUGUUACGCCGAAUACUAAUGCAAUAUAUUGCCUCUUGUGGUUUUCUAGA